CUCGCCACCCACAGCACUUGCCCCUACAUCCUGCUAGAGCAGGGGUGUCCAAACUACUGCCCGCGGGCCAACUGCGGCCUGCGGUCCAGUUUUUAUUGGCCCGCAGCAAAUGUUGAAAAUAUAAUUGAAUAUGGCCCGCACAAGAAGCUUGAGCUCAACUCUGUUUCACUUCUCAGUUUCAACACUAGAUGGAGCCAGCCACGGAAAACCGCGCUUCUCCACUAAACGAAAUUAAGCAGAGAAAAAAACUUUUACCGAGAGUCGCCAGAAAUGUCAGCACCGAAGAAACGCAAAAUAGCGAGUGAGUGUGGAAGAUUUCAAACACGGUGGGAAAAUGAAUAUUUUUUUCAAAGAAAUCAACGGAAAGUGUGUCUGUUUGAUUUGCAAUGAAGAUGUUGCUGUGAUGAAAGAGUAUAAUGUCAGUCGGCACUAUGAGACCAAACAUCAGAGCUACACAUCGUACACCGGUGCCGAACGAACACAGAAAGUCAAGCAAACGGCGGCUAGCCUGCAAGCUCAACAACAACAAAAAUUUCGUGCUAACAAAAUACAGGAAAACGCCACAACAGCAAGCUAUGAAAGUCACUCAACUUAUUGCCCAGCACGGCAAACCGUUCUCAGACGGUGAUUUCAUGAAGCAGUGCCUCAUCAAAGUCACAGAAAUAAUGUGCCCGGAAAAAGUGCAGGAUUUCAACAGCGUGAGCUUAUCCAGAAAUACGGUGGCGCGGAGAAUCGAGGACUUGUCGGCUAACUUGGAACUUCAAGCUGAGAGACGAAGCUUGUGCUUUUGAUUUUUUACUCGAUAGCAUGCGACGAGAGCACAGAUGCCACAGACACCGCGCAGCUGUUAACUUUUUUUUGCGGGGAGUAGAUGAUAAUUUUUGCUGUACGGAGGAACUGCUUGAUAUGAUGAGCCUAAAAGGCACAACGACGGGUAGAGAUAUUUUUGAAGCUGUGUCAGAAGGAAGCUGAAAAGAUGGGGGCUUAAAUGGGGCCAAGCUCUGUGGAGUAACAACGGAUGGAGCUCCGGCCGUGACGGGCGAGCGCAAAGGAAUGGCAUCGGUGGUGUGCGCCAAGGUAAAAGAGAGCGGAGAAUUCAACCAGCGUUUCCAAGAUUUUUCUGCCAUUGAAAAAUAAAUCAAGCUGUUCUCGACCCCCUUCCUGGUGGAUGCAGAAGAAGUGGAAGAGAGUCUGCAGUUAGAACUGAUUGAAAUGCAAUGUGAUGAUUCUCUGAAGAGUCAACAUCAGCUCCCCUCCCUCGCUGACUUCUAUCAGAGUUUGGAUAAUGCCAAGUUUCCUCUGAUGAGACGCCACGCAAAAAGAAUGAUGAGCCUGUUCGGCUCAACAUACAUAUGUGAACAAACAUUUUCUCUGUUAAAUCAGAACAAAAGCAGACCGAGAACCAGAAUGACUGAUAGCCAUCUCUGUGAAGUCCUUCGUGUCUCGACCACCAAACUUUCUCCUGACAUGUCAGCCAUCCUUCAAUCCAAAGGACAGCAUCACUGCUCCCACUGAGUGCAGUGUUCUUCACAUUAUAGAUGGCCUCGCACGCCCAGUCGCCGUUCGUCGUCAAACGAGAGAACGAAGGGAGCCCGAGCCUCUGGACGGGCCCGGCCUCGAUGGUGGAAGACGCCGACGGCGACGGCGACGACGACGGAGGGCGGGGACCGGGAGCCAGCGACGAAGAGGAGCCCGCGGAUGCCUUCGCGUUUCUCGCCGCUCCGGGCCGCAAGUUCAUCGACAUGGAGGUGUGGACGGAGGAGUUUGAUGAAGUGGUGGUGACGGAGGAAGAGGAGGAAGAGGAGGAGGCGGGGGCAGUGGUGAAGUGGGAGUUCAAAGGGAGAUGGAGCCCCGAGAUCCUGAGGAUCGUGGUGAAAACCGAAGUGGACGAUGACGCGCCGCGUCCGGAGCCGCGAGAGGCCCCCGGGAGGCCGGCUGAGGCGGACGGAUCCGGCGGAGGUCGCUUCACCGCAGACCGGAACUUCAUCGAGGUGGAGGUGUCGGAGGACAACGAGGAGGAGCCCAAUGAGGGAAGAGAGCUCCGACGGGAUGGGCGGCGCGGGGCGCAAGAUCCCGGACGAGCCCCCAGCGGGCGGCGCGAGAGGCCGCCGCCCGCCGCCACCAAUCGGACGGGGAGCGGGCGCGGCGGGAGCGCGGGGGCGGCGCCCCCCGGCGGCGGCAGGAGGAGGCCGCACGCGUGCGGCGAGUGCGGCAAGGCGUUCGCGCGGCCCUCCGACCUGGAGAAGCACUCGAGGACGCACACGGGCGAGAGGCCGCACGCGUGCGGCCAGUGCGGCAAGGCCUUCGCGACGCGCUACAACCUGCGGACGCACGCGCGGACGCACACGGGCGAGAAGCCGUACGUCUGCGGCCGGUGCGGCUGGGGCUUCGCGCAGAACGGCCACCUCAAGAGGCACUUGAGGAGACACUCCAGGACGUACACGCCGCAGUGACAGAGGCCUCGAGAGCCGGCGGGGGGGGGGGGGGGCGGGUGUUGUCUACGUCGGUAGCGACGGCAGAUGUCGCCGUGCUCCUGCAACGCUAUCGGCCCCCACCGUGUCAAAUAAAGAUAAACUUUUUUUUAUUUGAACAGCUGUGAGCACCCACUCAGCUGCUACGUAGUGGCUCUUUUGUCAGGAGCGGCGGUAACCUGGCCAAAACGUCGGCGUUUUUUGUUAUUUUCUUUGAACCUAUCUACGUGACUUUACCGAAAGACCCAAAGACCCAAAGAAUACUCAACCAAGUAGCCGAUAUCAUCGUCAUCGUCACGAGGAAAUUCAUAGCAG